AUGACUACACAGGAAGACCUUGAUUAUCCAAAGCAAUUACUUGAAUAUAAACAUGGAUUUUUAGUAUCUAAGCUCUUCAUGCAAGUGCAUGUGGAGCCUAAAGGUAAUCUCUAUUUUUUGGAUACAUCUCUUCUCUUUUAGACAAUGUUUACAGCAUGUGAAUUGGGUGUUUUUGAUGUACUGCAUGAAGCAGAACUACCCAUGUCUACAACAGCUGUUGCAGCUCGUUUAGGUACCAGUGUGGAAGGAACAGAUCGACUACUCAGUGCCUGUGCAGGACUGAAACUCUUGAAAGCAGAAAUACAAAAUGGAGAAGCUUUUUAUGCCAACACGGAUCUCUCAAGCAUAUACCUCACAAAGUCAAGUCCCAGAUCCUUGUAUCACAUGAUGAUGUACUAUUCUCAAACAAUGUACAAAUGCUGGUUCUUCUUGCCUGAGGCUAUAAGAGAUGGCAAAAACCAGUAUGAAAGUGCUUUUGGCAUUUCUUCAAAAGAUGUGUUUGAUUUGAUUUACAGGUCAGAGGAUGAGAUGUUAUCCUUCAUGCAUCAUAUGGAUUCAAUAUGGAACAUAUGUGGAAAGGAUGUUAUUACAGCUUUUGACCUCUCUAGUUUUAGCAAGGUGUAUGAUCUUGGAGGAUGUUCUGGAGCCUUAGCCAAACAUUAUGUUGGCCUCUACCCUGGAUCUACAGUCACCAUUCUUGAUCUGCCAAAGGUAGUGCAAACUGCAAGGAAACACUUUAUAACUGAGAAAGAUGAUCACAUUUAUUUCCAUGAAGGGGACUUCUUUAAUGACAAUAUUCCAGAAGCAGAUCUUUUUAUUCUGGCUAGGAUUAUUCAUGACUGGAAUGAAGAUAAAUGUCUACAGUUGCUGACUAAAAUAUAUGAAUCAUGCAGACCUGGAGGCGGAGUGCUGUUGGUUGAAGUACUCCUCAAUGAAGACAGAAGUGGUCCCUUAAUUUCCCAGCUGUACUCUUUGAACAUGUUGGUGCAGACAGAAGGGAAGGAGAGAACUCCAUCUGAAUACAAGAAGCUUCUAACAGCCUCUGGCUUUAGGGAUGUUCAAGUGAAAUCAACUGGAAAAAUAUAUGACGCUGUUCUUGGUAGAAAAUAA